AUGUCUAAUACAUCGGGCGACGAUCACGUCCCAAGCCCAUCACAGUCUCGUGAUGUAUGGCGUCCUCCCAACGAGCGCAAGCGAAAUCGCGAUGCCCCACCCCCGAUCCCGUCCAUCUACGAGCUUCUCCCCUCCUUGCCUCAACUCGCACCGGCGAUCCAGACGCUCUCCAGCAAGCACGAACGCAGCACUGAAAUGCGCAAGCUCGAGCACCUUGCCCGCGUGUUGGACAUCGGACCCGCGGCGGAUGCUUUGACGCGGCACCUCGAGGCAGAGGCCAAGCGAUUGCACCAAAUCCACUCGGCCGUGCGCAAGAGCGCCCCAAAGUAUGCGCGCACGCGAAGUGGAACCUCGAGGGAGAACGAGACCGACGAGGAUGGGUUGAGCAGGAACGAUGAAACCGAAGCGCGCGAUGGGGGCGACGAACAAUCCGAUACAGCAGCGCCAUCCAGCGGCGUCGGGUCCCCAGAGAAGGCGCGCAAGAGAGCCAAGCCCCAGGCGCGGACCUGGAGCAAAAGAAGGAGACUGGCGAUUCCCAAUGUGCCCAAGGUGGACGAUGUGAAUGUCCGAGUACCGCCAGGUGAGCCUUGGCACACCAGACUCGGAGCAGACGUGCCGCAGCUGACGACCGAUUGAAACUCUUGCCCGUCCGCUCAAGAUUUUCCAUCAGGGGUAGGCCACAACAGCCCCACUGGCGUUGGACUGAUAUAUUGCGAUCGCUGACACACAAGGCCACCGCUUCCUCUUGGCUACAGUCUCUUCUCUCGAGCAUCCAUUCUCACGUCUCUCGCCGGCUUGCCGCAUCGUACAACAUCGUCCUGCCUCUCACCGUCGACGAGCCCUUUCAGUCUCCGUCGGUGCUACAACACUUUGAGGAGCUUCACGCCGACGAGUUUGCGUCCGAGGAACGCUGCUUUGAAAUGGCCAGCGAAAGACAGUGGAAAAAGUUUAAGAAGGCGUUGCGCGCCAAUCCGCUGUCGACGUCGCAGAAAGUGGUCGGAUGGAAGAAGGAGUGGAGGAAUGCGGAUCGAGCUUUCGAGGAUUCGGCGCUCGUCGCCAUGGGUCAGUUCACGACGACACGACCGCCACUUCCGUGGCCUUCAUUGAUCCAAGUCGCAUCCCUGAUGACUUUCUUUUGGGAUACAAUAGGCAUCCUGUUGAAAUUACACGCUCGCGACUUGUGUCAAAACCCGGAACGAAUCAUGGCGCUCUCGGCAACGUCGGGCGCGGAGACCGACGACGACCCACCCCGUGAACCCUGCUCUGUCGCGGCCUAG